CACUUCUACUUCAUUGACUUCAUGAAUAAAACCAGAGACUCGGACUCCGGAUUCUCAUCGCCAUACCCCAUUUCCUUCCAUGGCUCCUACUUUCAUCUCAAAUCGCUCUGCCGCCGUCGCGGCUGCCGUUUUCUUCUCUCUCUUCCUCACCUCUGCCUUGGCCGCGGCGGAGCCCGUUCUGUCGCUGGAAAAGCUCGGGCUCCGGCGACGGGAGAAGCUGAGCCACCUCCACUUCUACUUCCACGACAUCGUCAGUGGACGGAACCCCACAGCAGUGCCAGUCGUCUUGCCGCCUCAGGCCAACGCCUCACGGUCUUUAUUCGGCAUGGUGGUCAUGACGGACGAUCCGCUAACAGAGCGGCCGGAAAUUGGGUCGAAAUUGCUGGGAAGAGUUCAAGGGUUUUAUGCCUCGGCGUCGCAAACGGAACUUGGGUUCUUAAUGGUUAUGAAUUUUGCGUUUGUGGAAGGGAAGUACAAUGGGAGUUAUUUGAGCAUUUUGGGGCGGAAUACGGUUAUGUCUGCAGUCAGAGAGAUGCCGGUCGUCGGCGGCGGAGGACUUUUCCGAUUUGCUCGCGGGUAUGCUCAGGCGAAGACUUACACGGUGAAUUACAGCACCGGUGAUGCCGUUGUAGAGUAUAACGUCUAUGUCUUCCACUACUAGAAAAGUGUUUGGGGAUUUUACCUUUUUUCUUUUGUGUUAUUUGAAUGAAUGUUAGACAACUAAGUUAUUGUGUUCGGUUGACAUGUCUGUUAUCACAUGAGAGCGUUAUUUUGCUUCUUUCUAUUAUCACCAAUAAAUACUCGGUACUAAGUCAUUCAUAGCAUUACUAUAUUUCUCAA